GGCCCGUGAGGCGGAGCCUACACUUACUUUCUUGCAUCUCCCGCAGAGAGAAGCACCUACUGGCAAGGUUCCGGCACCCAAAUCACCCGGACCUACCAAGUCACCCGGCCCUACCAAGUCACCGGGACCUACCAGGUCACCCGGACCUAUCAAGUCACCCGGAAGCAAGUUACUCGGACUCUUCAAGGCACCCAAAUCUCUAGCUCACCGCCGGACCAGCGCCCCGCCGCCGCCGCCGCCGCCGCCUCCUCCUCCUCCUCCUCCUCCGCCUCCGGCGCCUCCCGUGCCUGCAGCACCUUCCGCGCCUCCCAAGCCGCCCGCGCCUCCCAAGCCGCCCGCGCCUCCCAAGCCGCCGGCGCUUCCCAAGCCGCCCGCUCCUCCUCCCGAGCCUCCAGCUCCUCCCAAACCGCCCGCUCCUCCCGAGCCGCCCGCUCCUCCCGCUCCUCCUAAACCGCCCGCUCCUCCCAAGCCGCCCCAUCUUCCCGAGCCGCCCGCGCCUCCCGAGCAGCCGAAGCCUCCCAAGCCGCCCGAUCUUCCCGAGCCGCCCGCGCCUCCCAAGCAGUCGGAGCCUCCGGGGCAGCCCGAACCGUCGGAAAAGAUGGUGAAACAGAUCGAGAGCAAGGAAAACUUUGACUCAGAAUUGAAAGAUGCUGGAGGCAAAUUAGUAGUAGUUGACUUCUCAGCUACAUGGUGUGGACCAUGCAAAAUGAUCAAGCCUUUCUUUCAUUCACUUGGUGAAAAGUACCCAGAUGUGGUUUUCCUAGAAGUGGAUGUAGAUGACUGUCAGGAUAUUGCUGCAGAGUGUGAAGUGAAAUGCAUGCCAACAUUUCAAUUCUUUAAAAAUGGAAAAAAGGUGAGUGAAUUUUCUGGAGCCAAUAAGGAAAAGCUCGAAUCAACCAUUAAUGAAUUUAAGUAAUUGUGGAUCCUGUGAACAGUGUGAACAACUGUCAGCUGUCUAAAUUAUAUAGCUUAUAAUUUUUUUCUAUUUCCAAAAAAAAAAAAGAUCAAGUGUAACAAGAGUAUGUAUCCAAAUAACAUUUGACUGUAAAUGACAAUAAAAUGUAAAUCCUACCCUUUUGAAAA